AUGGGCCCCUGUACCGCCUUCCUCAUGCUGACCUGCCAGGGGUCCAGCAGUGUGUCAUAGUGUGUCAUGGGCCCCCGGUUACCAUGACUCCUCAUGCUGGCUGCCAGGCCCCGUAAUCUGUCAGGGGCCCCUGUACCGCCUACUCAUGCUGCUGCCAGGUCCAGAGUGUGUCAUGGGUCCCUGUACGGCCUCCCAUUGCUGCUGCCAGGCCCGUAAUCUGCCAUGGGCCCCCGUACCGACUCCUCAUGCUGCUGCCAGGCCCAGUGUGUCAUGGGUCCCUGUACGGCCUCCCAUUGCUGCUGUCUCCAUCGCCACACUCUGCCAUGUGCCACUUUCAGGU